AUGCCUUACAAGGGAAGAGAAGUCAACAAAGUGUAUGGUCAGGACUUCAUUAUUGAUCUGCGAUUCAAGAUCGUCAAGGAGAUUGGUCAUGGAGCCUACGGCAUCGUGUGCUCCGCUAAAUUCAGCUCACCCCAGGGCGACGGCAACUAUGUGGCCAUCAAAAAAGUCACCAACAUCUUCUCCAAGAAGAUUCUUUGCAAAAGAUCGCUUCGUGAGAUCAAGCUUUUGCAAUUCUUUAGGGGUCACAAGAAUAUCACUUGCUUGUACGACUUGGACAUUGUCCCUCAUCCGGUUACCGGUGACUUCAACGAGAUCUACCUUUACGAGGAACUAAUGGAGUGUGACAUGCAUCAAAUCAUUCGCCUGGGCCAGCCAUUGACCGACUCGCACUAUCAGCUGUUCAUCUACCAAGUACUCUGUGGACUCAAAUACAUCCACAGCGCUGACGUAUUACACCGUGACUUGAAACCGGGAAACCUUUUAGUUAACGCUGACUGUGAGCUAAAGAUCUGUGAUUUUGGCUUGGCCAGAGGCUUCUCCGAAGACGUUGAACAGAACUCCCAAUUCAUGACUGAGUACGUUGCCACCAGAUGGUACCGUGCUCCAGAAAUCAUGCUUUCUUUCUCCAAUUACACAAAGGCCAUCGACAUUUGGUCUGUUGGCUGUAUUUUGGGUGAGCUUCUAGGGGGCAAGCCUCUAUUCAGAGGCAAAGACUAUGUGGACCAAUUGAAUCAGAUCCUCAUGAUUCUCGGCACCCCUAAGGAGGCCACCUUGACAAAAAUUGGCUCUGUAAGAGCUCAAAAUUACGUACGCUCGUUGCCCAUCAUGAGAAGGGUGCCAUUUUUUGAGCUCUUCCCUAAUGCUAACCCUUUGGCUCUUGACCUUUUGGAAAAGAUGCUUACUCUCGAUCCUCACCAGAGAAUCACCGUGGACGAAGCAUUGAAGCAUCCAUACAUGUCUGUUUGGCAUGACCCUAAUGAUGAACCAGAAUGUAAGGUUAAGUUUGAUUUCAAGACCUUCGAAACUGUUGACGACAUCGACUCAAUGAAGCAAUUGAUUGUCGAAGAGGUUCGUAACUUCAGAGAAUUCGUGAGAAAACCCAUUCAUGAACAGCAUCAAAUCCAGCUCCAGAUGCAACAGCAACAGUUGCUCAAGGAGCAACAGCAAAAUAAUGCUGGGAUCAAUAUGAUUGACCAAAACAGUAUAGCUAACGAUAACAAUGCGAGUGUCGUGACGGCCCAGAUGGAUCUGUUCCAAGACAUGUUCAAUACGGACUACACAAUGAACAGCGCCGGCGUGCUCACUUACCCUGAUCAGUUACUGAGCGAUAACGGUGUUUUCUACGAUUCAGUCCCCAAACCAGAGGAGCUCGAUAAUUUUGCCCAUCUUGAUGAAAAGAGUAGCAAUCCAGAGCUUUUUCUGCUAGAAGAGGAACUUGGUUUCGGAUUGGAUCGCUCAGGCACUUUCAAUUCUUAA